UUGUAAAUUCCCUAACGAUUCUAGUAUCAGGCUUCGGACUUAUUGUUAUCUGUUGCGCGAGUUAUUUUGCUAAAGUGAUUUUUGAUUAUGCAGCAUCCGCUAAAGCCGAGCAAGAUAAUACUCUAACACCUGGGAGAAUGGAAACUUCUGAU